AUGCGAAAGGAUACAGCUAAUUUCCUGGAACACUGCACAGAGCCUACAAAGUCCAAACACCUACCAUUCUUUAUGAUAAAAAAAGAAAUCAGCAUUGCUGAUGAACGAGCAAAGUCACUGAGAAUAUCUGUAGGUUUUGGUCUUAAGCCUUCUCCAAUUUUUACCAAGUCUGGUUGUCUCAAAUCUCAUGAUUGGGUGCAAUUAGGCUCAGAAGGUAAACUGAAAUUCUGCAUCAGAGGAUUGUUAGGUGGGGAACAAAGGCAUACACUCUUCAUGCUAUUUGAUUGUUUUUCAGACUUGUGUUCUGAAUCCCAAAAUGUGGAUGAGUUGGACGACACUGAGACAAGACUGAAUACCUCGUUGGCUUGCCUGGAACGUGACUUUCCAAGUUCCCUGCAGAAUAUCACAACUCAUCUGUUACAUCACAUUACUGAGGGAAUAAGGAAGUUUGGCCCAGUUUAUGGGACAUGGAUGUACGUUUUCGAACGUUUCAACAGCUGGCUAUGCAAACGUGCAUUGCAUAUGCAACAUCAAGAAGCUACUGUAGUGGAGACGUACAUUAUAUAUGAUUUCUUCAGGCAAACUUCAUUUAGAUGGAAACCUGCUUACUCUUGGAACUCCUAG